AUGCUUGGCGUGCCGUCUUCAGACAGGCCGACGGACAGCGUCACUGCAAGCGAUCACUGCAGCGUGCAAAUCCGGGAACAGCCGGACCCGUGGGCAUCGCGCAUGGUCGUGACGACUGCCUUUCAUGCCGAAAAGCAGCCGUUUUCUACGCCAUGUGUCGCUUGA